CCAAAACCACGCACAAGCAAAGCAAGAAGCGUUUGCGCUUUCCUUCCUUUUUCCGCUUUCGCUUGGCUUCUCGUUUCUUUGCUUGUCCUUCUUGCCGCAUCGUUUGUGUGUGUGUGUGUGUGUGCGCCGUGUCUUUCUCCUCCUUCCUUCCCCUCACCUGUCGUUUGGUUUGGUUGUUGUUCGUCGACCCUUCCCUUCCCUUCCCCCCUUCCGUUCCCCUUCCCUUCCUUCCUGCUGCUGCUGUUUCCCCCCACGUUCCUUCCUCCCAGCCCCCCCCCUCGUGCCAAGCCAUGACGCAGCCUGCAACAGCCAACAGCACGGCGAGCAACAACAACACAAGCAGCAGCUCGGGUCAUCAUGAGAAGAAACAGGGCAGGAAAACCUGCAGCGUGAUGGAGGGUGGCAAGGCUUGUGGACAGCCCGCGUUUGGGCCCAUGCUCACCUCUGUACAGCGCCAGCGCUUCUCCCAGAGCGGAUUCAAGCUGAAGCGGAAAUCCCGUGCCACGUACUUUGCGUGCGAGCACCACCACAGCUUGGUAGAGACGGUGGGCAAGCCCCUUGGCAGCAGCGCAGCUGCAAAUUCCGCCCUCGGCAACGUGCCCAAGCUGCUUGCCGUGCACUUCACGCGCCAGCCCAUCCACGAGCUUGACACCAUCCUCGGCUUUGUCACGCACGCCCGCCACGCCCGCAUCACCAAGAAGGCGUGAUUAACGGCCCAUCGGCAACAGCACCACAGGCGCCGCCAUCGUUGGCUGAUGCUGUUGUUCGCUCCAUCAGCCCUGUUCAUUUGCCGUGACGUUUCUCGUUCAUGCGUGUGCGUGUGUGUGUGUGUGUGUGUGUGUGUGUGCGUGUGCGUGUGUUCGUUUGUGUCAUGGCUGGAUGCCAUUGAAGUGCUGUUUUGGUGGUGUUCUGAUUGCAUGAGGUGCCAUGCCCGCGCUGCAAGCGUUGGUGCAUGCUUCGUGCUUGGUUCCUUCGUUUUGUUGUGUUUGUUUGUUUGUUGGUUGGUUGGUGCUUCAACAGGGCACGUUGUGCGUUGUCGCGGUGAACGCCUCUUCGUCCAUGGUGGUGGCCGCGAAGUGAUGUGAGCUGAGUCUCAUGCACGCAUUGCUUCCACCCUCGUCUUUCUUUUCCUUCUCCCCUCUUGCCUCUUCCCCCCUUCUGUCUUGUAUGUGAAUGGUGGUGGCUGUGAGUGAUGUGAAUGCUUUGCUUCCUUUGCUUCCGUUUUGCGUUUUGGUCCUGGGACCAUUAAUUGUCGCACCAGCUCGUGUUUGCAUGCAAGCACGGCGGUACGUUUUAUUUGUCUUGCGUGAACCCUUUCCCCCUCCUUUCCUCUCUUCUUGUGCACGUGUGGACACGUGUGCGUUUGUGCAUUUGCACGCCUCUGUUUUCUUUUUCUCCGGUUUAAGGGACUUGCGGAUCCUUUCUUCACUGGAUUCCUUCUCCUUCUCCUCCACCUUCUUCUCUUUCUCUUUCUCCCCUCGUUUCUUGCGUGCAAGCAAGCGUGGCUGUGCCUAACCUGGCCGGUUGCCACGGUUGCAGGGGUUGGCUGGCUUGUUGUCAUGCUUGUUUGCUACGCGUUGUUUUCACAGGCACACCUUGUUGCCUUGCCUUGCCUUGCUGCCCCUUCUUCUUCUCCCCCCCCCCUUUUUUCUUCCUCUUCUUGUUGCUCUCCAGUGGAAGCAACAGCCUCUCUCUGCACGAGCACGUGCGCGUUCUGUGUGUUGUGCGUGUCUGCGACAAACCAGUAGUGGACAUGUCGCACGAAUAUAAUCAAGAACAGCAAA